AUGCAUAGACCUGGAGAGAAGGAUAUCGCCGCUUCCGUGGUGCCGGAAUAUGCGCAGCCGUGGGAUAAAGCGGUUGAAAGCCGUGUGGUUCGCAAAAUUGACCUUGCGCUGAUUCCUUUGAUGUGGGUCGGAUAUGGGCUGGUCUAUUUUGACAAGGCGAUCCUCGGUGCAGCCGCCGUGUUUGGUAUGAUAACGGAUCUUGAAUUGACGGUCGUGACGGAUCCGGCGACGACUCCGCCAAAAGUCUCAACAACACGACUGAGCUGGGCGACAUCGUUGUUCUAUUUCGGCAUGUUAGCGGGAGUCGGACCCUUGACGUACUUGUUCCAACGAUUCCAUCUGGGUCGCACCAUCGGCCUCGUGGUCAUCGUUUGGGGCGCAAUAGCAAUGUCGACCGCGGGGGUGACGACCCAUCAAGGGUUGUGGGCUCAACGCUUCUUCCUCGGAUUUGCAGAGAGCAUAAUGCCAACGGCCUUCAUGGUCAUUGUGAGUGGGUACUAUACUCAAAAAGAGCAGACGUGGCGCCAAUGUCUUUGGUAUUCUGCGACCGGAGGCUGGACGGUCAUUGGAGCAGCGAUCAACUUCGGCUUUGCCCACAUUACCGGUGGGGAUUUGAAGAAAUGGCAAUAUCUGUAUCUCAUGGCAGGCUCCUUGACGGUGCUGUACGGGAUUGUCUUUCUCUUCUUUCCUAACUCGCCCGCGCAAGCGUGGUGGUUUGACGAAGAGGAGAAAAGAGUGGCUAUUGAGCGGUUGCGCAUGGGUCAACUGGGGGUCCGAUGUCAGAAGAUUAAGUGGUCUCAAUUCAGAGAAGCCUUACUUGACCUCAAAAUUUGGAUCAUUGCCGUUAUGAUGGGCGCGGCAUAUUCGGUCAAUGGAGCCGUGUCGGGAUUCGGCCCGCUCAUUGUGUCCACUUUUGGCUGGUCUGCUUACGACUCAUUGCUUUGGCAAAUGCCUCUUGGAGGUGUCUGUUUUGUGGGAAUCCUCGUCGCCGGAUUUCUCAGUCUCAAAGUCCCCAACAUCAGGUUGAUCAUGUUGGUAGCCUGUUGCUUACCUGUCAUUACUGGCUGUGCCAUGAUCUGGAAAAGCACCUGGUAUGAGCAUGCCGCUGCCCCCAUUGCUGGCUAUACAAUCAUUGGCUUCUUUGCACCCGUGACGAGUUUGAUCGUGAGUAUGGGGAUGGCUAAUGUUUCGGGAAAUACCAAGAAGAGUUACAUGGCAGCGGCGACAUUCGUCAUGUACACGGUGGGAAACAUCUCAUCCCCUUUCUUCAUUGUCUAUCAGACGGUUGAUGACCAUUACCCAGGGCUCUGGGAGGGUGUCAUCGGGUGUUACGUGCUGGUGAUCGUUCUGGCGACGGUGCUCUAUAUCAUGCUCAAGAUGGAGAACCGAAGGAGGAAUCAAUUGAAUCUCGAAGAGAAGGAGGCCGAACGGAUUGCGUUUGACGAUCUGACGGACAAGGAGAACAUGUACUUCCGGAGCACAUCCGGACUUUCUAUCGUGAUCGAACUUUUUAAUUUUUCGCGUGUGACAGCUCCACUGCUUCAAUCCAUUAAUCUUUUUGUUGUGUCUGUACGAUCCUUUCAACUUCUUCCUACUCUCUUUAUAUUGAGACCGGGCCCGUUCACCAUGUUUGCCCUUCGGCGAUGCGCAUCACGUUUUCUCUCUUCGCGACCUCCCGUCCUCGCUGCCCCUUCGCGAACAUAUACCUCCUUCAGUACACCUUCCAUAAGAAUCGCUCCUAGAAGUUCACUUCUUCAGACUCCGCGGAGAUGGGCUUCUACCGAACCGGAGAAAGGACCCCAGGUCCCCAUUUCCGAAUCUCCCUCCGCAGAACCGGCACCGGCCGCUGCAGAGUCCACCAAUACCACCGAAGCAGCAAAAGAGGCUUUACCGGCUGCCGAAACAAACGGGAGCAUAGUUGACGAGCGUAGAAAUGCUGCUCCUGAAGCGGCGCCAGCUGCCGAACAAGUAUCAUAUACUACCCCGGCAGGCAAUGCCGCUUCUGCUCAAGGGACCCCAUCCUCACAGCCUCCACAAUCAUGGGAUGGGGCAUUCGAACGGAAACCAACACUCUAUGUUGGAAAUUUAUUCUUUGAUGUUACCGAAACCGACCUCAUCAAGGAGUUUGCACGUUUCGGCACGGUGCUCAAUUGCAGAGUCAUUCGAGACAGCCGUGGUUUGAGCAAAGGAUUCGCCUAUGUCGAUUUCUCAGCACAAGAGGCUGCCGACGCGGCCUUGCAGCGGCUCAAUCUGCAAUUGUUUGAAGGCCGUCGUAUCACUGUCCAAUAUGCGGCUCGCCAAAGUAAUGAACUCGACUCCCGGCAUGGCGCAUCACCUCCCCAACCACGAAACCCCCCAUCUAAGACCCUAUUUAUUGGCAAUAUGUCCUUUGAGAUGACAGACCGCGACCUCAGCAACCUCUUCCGCGGUGUGCGGAACGUCAUCGAUGUCCGAGUGGCCAUCGAUCGACGAACAGGUCAACCAAGAGGCUUCGCCCAUGCUGAUUUCAUUGAUGUGAAGAGCGCCAUGGAGGCCAUGAACUCGUUGCAAGGAAAAGAAAUAUAUGGUCGAAAGUUAAGAGUGGAUUAUUCGUUCAGUUCUGUGAAUAGAGCGCCAAGGAACCAACCUCCCCCAGAAGAGCCUUCGACGUCUCAAUAA